AUGUCCUCUACCUCUAUACUUGGUGCCGUUGGAAUUUUCUUGCCAAAAUCCGAUGCGACAUUUGUAGGCCUUCCCCGAGGUGGUGCCGGUUGUGCGCGUGGGGUGCUCGGUGAAACAUUCGCUGCUUCUGCAGGCGGACACGGAGUUGCAGGAGUUGCGGGGCGUGGUGCGACAUUUGUAGCCCUUCUCCGAGGUGGUGCCGGUUGUGCACGUGAUGCGCUCGGUGCAUCAUUUGCUGCUUGUGCAGGCGGACUCGGGGUUGCAGGAGUUGCGGGGGCUCGUGCGACAUCUGUAGCCCUUCUCCGAGGUGGUGCUGGUGGUGCGCGUGAUGUGCUUGGUGACACAUUUGCUGCUUCUGCAGGCGGACUAGGAGUUGCGGGGGCUCGUGCGACAUCUGUAGCCCCUCUCGGAGGUGGUGCCGGUUGUGCGCGUGAUGUGCUUGGUGCAACAUUUGCUGCCUCUGCAGGCGGACUAGGAGUUGCGGGGCCUGGUGCGACAUUAGCAGCCCUUCUACGAGGUGGUGUCGGUGGUGCGCGUGAUGUGCUCGGUGCAACAUCUGCUGCUUCUGCAGGCGGACUCGGAGUUGCCGGUCCUUGUGCAUGA